AUGGAUCUUGACGGCAUCCCUUCUUUCAACAACGGAAGCCUUCGCCAUUCGACAAACGCAAGAUGCAGGUGCCCCAAAGAUGGUGGAUACUAUGUCAAUGUGACCAUUGGUACGCCCGGAAGGAAUCUUUCACUACACCUCGACACAGGCUCAAGUGAUACUUGGGUGAAUUCUCCCAGUUCGAUUCUUUGUCAAAAUGAAGACAAACCGUGCGAAUACUCCGGCACCUACCUAGCUAAUGACUCGUCUACUUAUGAGUACAUCAGCAAUCAUUUCGACAUCAAGUAUGUGGAUGGGUCUGGCGCCAGAGGGGACUAUGCCUCCGAUACCUUCACAAUCGGCAACACCAAACUGAACCGGCUGCAAUUUGGCAUUGGCUACUCUUCAACUAACGCGCAGGGACUGCUCGGUAUAGGGUACGCCCUGAGCGAAGUGCAAACCCGUGCCGGGUUGCCAGCCUAUAACAACCUUCCGGCGCAAAUGGUCGCCGACGGCUUGAUCAACUCCAACGCCUACUCCAUCUGGCUCAAUGACCUCGAUGCCCCCACGGGUACCAUCCUCUUCGGCGGCGUCGACGCCGCCAAGUACGAGGGCGACCUGCUCACCCUACCCGUUCAAACCCCCGAAAAGGGCACGUACAAGAACUUCAUGGUCACCAUGACCGGCAUGUCUCUAUCUCAGUCCCAGUCCUCCUCCAGCGACAAGGGCAACGGUGAUAACACCACCCAGAUCUCCAAAGACAACCUCGCCCUCGCCGUUCUAUUGGACACCGGCUCAACCCUCAGUUAUCUCCCCAGUGAGCUCAUCAAACCGCUCUACGACGCGAUUGGUAUCGAAUACAUAACAGACCCCGACGGCAAAGUAGAUGGCUACGCGCCCUGCCAUCUCAUGUCCUCAUCGCAAUCUGUCAUGUUCUCCUUCUCCUCCCCGCUUCAGAUCGCCGUGCCCAUGAACGAGCUCAUCAUCAACCGGACCUUCCACGGAAAACUCCCACGCAUGCCGGACGGCGUCACAGACGCCUGCAUCUUUGGCAUCCAAGAACGUAAUGGCACGGGAGCAAACACCUUGGGCGACACGUUCUUGCGCAGCGCGUAUGUUGUGUUUGAUUUGGACAACAACGAGAUCUCGAUGGCGCAGACGAGGUUUAAUGCCACGGCGACGGACCUGAAGGAGAUUAAGAAGGGCAAAGGGGGGGUGCCGGGCGCGAAGGCUGUGGAAAAUCCUGUGGAGGCCACGAGCGGGCUUACUGGUUCUGAAGGGGGGAUAUAUGUGAAUGGGGCGGCGGGUGAGUUGAAUGUGGGUAUGGGAAUGGCUUGGGGGUUGUUGGUGAGUGGUGCGAUGGUGUUUGUGGGGUUGUGA